AUGGCACCUUCCCCCAAAAAGUAUGCCCUCAUUGGCACGGGCAGCCGGGCCAUCUUCUUCUACACGGCCAUUGUCACGACGUACAAAGAUACAUCGUCUCUCGUUGCGUUCUGCGAUACCAACCAGACCCGCCUCGACUAUGCCAACUCGAGAAUCAAGGCCCUUGGCCACCCAGAGGUGCCAACGUAUCUCGCGUCAGACUACGACAAGAUGAUAGCCGAGACAAGGCCGGACGAGAUCAUUGUGACCACCGUCGACCGCACACACCACAACUACAUUGUCCGCGCCCUGGAGCUGGGGUGCACGGUGCUGAGCGAGAAGCCCAUGACCGUCGACGUGGCCAAGUGUAACGAGAUCCUCCGCGCCGUCGAGCGUACCGACGGCAAGGUCCGCGUGAGCUUCAACUAUCGCUAUGCCCCGCACAACACCAAGAUCUACCAGGUCCUCCAGUCGGGCGCGAUUGGCAAGGUGACGAGCGUGCACUUUGAGUGGAUGCUGAACACGAGCCACGGCGCGGACUACUUCCGUCGCUGGCAUCGCGACAAGCGCAACAGCGGGGGGCUGCUUGUGCACAAGUCAACGCAUCACUUUGACCUGGUGAACUUUUGGCUGCAGAGCCGACCCAAGACGGUGUUUGCGCAGGGCGACCUCAAGUUCUACGGCAAGGAGAACGCGGAGAGCAGAGGGAAGAAGGAGUUUUACUCGCGGGCGCAUGGGAGUGCCUGCGCCAAGGACGAUCCGUUUGCGCUGCACCUCAAGGACAAUGAGCAGCUCAAGGCCCUCUAUCUGGAUGCGGAGCACGAGGAUGGAUACUAUCGCGACCAAAGUGUCUUUGGCGACGGGAUCAACAUUGAGGACACGAUGAGCGUCCUGGUCAAGUACCGCAAUGGCGCGUCCUUGACGUACUCACUCACUGCCUACGCGCCCUGGGAAGGGUUCAGGGUGAGCAUCAACGGAACGGGCGGAAGGCUCGAAGUCGAGGUUGUCGAGAACAGCUACGUGUCGGCUGGUGGCGCACAGGCAGCGGAGGGAAGCCUCGAAAGUCGGACCGUCACCCUGCGGAGGCUCUUCGAAAAGCCGGUCGAGGUCGAGAUCCAGGACGGUGAGGGCGCGCAUGGCGGAGGUGACGAGCUCCUUCUGAGGGACCUGUUUGGUGCCAUCACGGGCGACGAUGCGAGAGCGCUCCAGGCGAGCCAUGUUGAUGGUGCAGCGUCCAUCUUGACGGGCAUUGCGGCCAACAAGUCGAUAGCAACGGGCCAAGUGGUGGACGUGGACGAUUUGUUGUACAUUGCGUAG